CAGUGAGAGUGAGAGAGAGAGAGAGAGAGAGAGAGAGAGUGAGAGACAGAGAGAGAGAGAGAGAGAGAGAGAAACAGAGAGAGAGAGAGAAAAGCCAAAAAGGAGGGGGACUCUGUAGAACAACAGACUAAGGGGCUGCUGUGGUAGAUUUGACAGAGUCGGUGUUAAGACGAUGACAGAGCUGGAGGAAACAUGUUCAGGUGUUCAGCUUUUAUCAACGGACUCCAAACUAAAAGGUAACCAAGUCUGCAUCUGUAGCGUAUGAAUGAACUAAACCCUUGAUAAAGUUUGGACACUUAUACAUACUGUGCUCAUUAGGGACACGGUUACUAAAGAGGAACUUUAGAGAUCGGGCUACCUGCUGAUUCUCCGGUGUAUGAGCACGUCAUGUAUUGGUAGGCUUCAAAACAACAUCCACCGCAGGGGAAACGUCUCUGACAGAAGAUCGUGAGGAGGAGAGAGGGGGGGGACGACGACAAGAGAAAAAUAUCCAUGGAUUUUGUCAUGACUUUAUUCACAGAAGAGCCUUAAAUCAAACCUUCACGAGAAGGCAAGGGAUUUAAAGGAGGAAAGAGCGAGACAGAGAGAGAGAGAGAGAGAGAGAGAGAGAGAGAGAGAGCGAGCGAGCGAGCUGGAGAUCAGCGCAUUUAUCUGAGACCAUUCUUGUAAGGGUGCUACGGUCUGCAGUAUGAUUCUACCUGUGGUUUUUCCUCUGGUGCUGCUGCUGGUCUGCGGGCCGGGCUCCACACUGCAGGCGGAGGCCGAGGAGUUGGAGAGCAUAGAUGAGGUUCUGGAGCGGGAGUUCCUCUUCGCCGGACGCACCAAGCGUGCUGCGUCCGCUGACACCUCCUCGCAAGUAGACAAGUGCUCCUACACUUUUAUCGUCCCCCAGCAGAAGCAAACCGGCGCCAUCUGCGUUAACUCCAAGGAGCCCGAUAGCCUCCUAGAGAACCGGGUCAACAAACAGGAGCUGGAGCUACUGAACGGCGAGCUUCAGAAGCAGCGGCGACAGAUGGAGUCACUGCAGCAGCUGGUGGAGGUGGACGGCGGCAUCGUCAACGAGGUCAAGCUCCUGCGCAAGGAGAGCCGCAACAUGAACGCUCGCGUCACGCAACUCUACAUGCAGCUGCUACACGAGAUCAUCCGCAAGCGCGACAACGCCCUGGAGGUGUCUCAGCUGGAGAAUCGUGUGCUCAACCACACCUCUGAGAUGGGUCGGCUGGCUUCGCGCUACCGUGACCUGGAGCACAAGUACCAGCACUUAUCCGCCCUCGCCGGCAACCAGAGCGCCAUCAUCGUGCAGUUGGAGCAGCAUUGCCGCCGAGGGGGCCACUCGUACGGGGGAGAGAGAGAGAGGUCUCGUCCUGUUCGCCCUCAGCCUCCCGUGGUGCCACAGCAACCUACGCAGCAGAGGCCGGUAGCGCCACCAGUGGCUAGUAAACCCUACCAUCCACCCACAUACACCCGCAGCAACCAGAUCACCAAUGAAAUCCAGAGCGACCAGAACUCCAAAGCGUUGCCACCUCCGCUGCCCACCAUGCCCAGUGGCACUCACCAGCCAUCCACCACAAACAAGCCCUCAGGGCCUUUCAAGGACUGCCUUGCUGCUCUAGAGGAGGGUCACGCCACCAGUGGCAUGUACCUGGUCAAGCCUGAGAACGCCAACCGGUUGAUGCAGGUGUGGUGUGACCAGAGGCACGACCCCGGCGGCUGGACAGUCAUUCAGAGACGCCAGGACGGCUCCGUCAACUUCUUCAGGAACUGGGACACCUACAAGCAAGGGUUUGGUAACAUUGACAGUGAAUACUGGCUGGGUCUUGAAAACAUCUACUGGCUGACCAACCAGGGCAACUACAAGCUUCUGGUGAUGCUGGAGGACUGGUCCGGCCGCAAGACCUUUGCCGAAUACGCCAGCUUCCGUAUUGAGGCAGAGGCAGACUUCUACAAACUAAGAGUGGGUCGCUACCAUGGCAACGCCGGGGACUCCCUCACAUGGCACAACGGCAAGCAGUUCACCACGCUGGACAGGGACCACGACGUGUAUACAGGUAACUGUGCCCAUUACCAGAAGGGUGGCUGGUGGUAUAACGCCUGCGCCCACUCCAACCUGAACGGCGUGUGGUACCGGGGCGGGCACUACCGCAGCCGAUACCAGGACGGCGUCUACUGGGCCGAGUUCCGCGGGGGCGCUUACUCCCUGAAGAAAGUGUCCAUGAUGAUCCGACCCAACCCAAACACCUUCCACUAAGACCACCGUUUUUUUCCAAGAGCGAGAGAACCAACCGCAGGAAAACCUUGUUUUUUUUAUUUUUGUAAACGGGCAUUUUCUCCAACUUGACCUCUGUCCUGAGGUGCAAUUCAUUUCAGCUUCUGUCUUGGCUUUAUGUUUUCUUCUGAUUCCUUUAAUCGCUUUACAUUCAUAAAUAUAUAGAUAUUAGCAUACAAGUGCAACGGCUGUCUUGUGUAUGGCUCACAGGGACAGGGUGGUGUUUCUCCCCCCCCCCCACAGUUUUCAAAGCCCUCUUUGCCGGAUUCCUCCAGCGUUCUAUGGAGGCACAGGGCCACAUGGUUUACCUUCUCGGAAGAACUACCAGGGUAGUCAAGUUCCCUCUGAGGAGCUUGCAAAAACAAUUGCAACUACAAAGACGGGCCCUGUGCCUUUCGGACACAGACUUUGCACAUAUGCUUUGCAUGAAUGCAGAAGUGAUGGUGCCGCUUUUUUGUUGUGUUGUUCUACAGUUGCUGACAAAUGAAACCAAGAGAGAAGUUUGUUAUUACAGGUUGGGGUUUUUUUUUUGUCAUUGGUUGUGAGGGGGAAAAAAAGAAGGGGGGGAAAUAUUUUUUGGGGAUGUUUAUUGUGGUUGUUAAAUAUUGCAGCACAUCUCCAUAAAGUUUAUAUUUGACCGUUUCCAUUCCCUACUGUUAUCUGGCUGUUAUGCAAAUAUUAGUAAUGAUGCUUUUAAGUUGUUGUUCUUUCCACUUUGAGGAAACAUGACACAGGAAUUCAUAUCUGGUGACCCUAUCCAGAAACACUCACUGGAGAGAAAAAAAAUGGUAUUAGUUUGUUUUCUUUCCUAACAUUUUAAGAAUGUGUACAGGAAGUGAUCCCAACUAUUUUGAAAGGAGGCAUCUUUCCCUGCAGUAACAAGUGUCUAUGUUUUGGCCAAACUACUGAGCCAACUAAGAAGCUCAUCCAUUUCCACAGCAGAGCAGAGAUUCGUGGCAACUUCAGCUUUUGCUCUGCUCAGCUACUGUGAGGAAUUUCCUGUAAGGGAGGAGUGGCUGGCCGAGUGAGUGUCAUGGGGUUUGAAGGGGAGGAUGGAGAGGAUGGAGAGAAAGGGGAGGUUGCGUGGAAAGGAGUCUUCAUCGAUGUGUCCUGAUGAACCAUUAGGGAGAAUGAGGUCAACCAAAUCGAUCUGACCUCCCUCCAGAGGUGUGUUGACACUGCGGAUGCAUCACAGAGAGCCUCCUAAAUGACUGUUUUAGCAGAAGGAGGGCAAGGGGAGACCUGAAGCUGAAAGGUGAUGCUUUCGAAAUGGCAAGUAUGCCAUCAAAAUAUAUGUUCAGUGAGCAUACCUUUUUAAAGUGAGAUUACGGCCCCCACCAGUUACGUAACUAACCACCGUCCAAAACGACCCCAGACUCAUCCCAGUUAACCGCUCACAAUCCUUAUAAUCUCCUUUCAUGCAGUCCGAGCUUUAAGGCAAGAUGGAAGAUCGUAGAAAGAACAACAUUGCAGCUUCAAUGAUUCAGAUGGGCGAUCUAACGAGGCCACUUGCUCGGAGCAUUUUGCCAAACCAGAAGUCAAAUAAGGUUAUAUGGUGUCCUCUUUCACACACAUACAAGUAUGUAACCUGUACAGUGUGUAACCUGUAGUGUGUAACCUGUACAGUGUGUAACCUGUACAGUGUGUAACCUGUACAGUGUGUAACCUGUACAGUGUGUAACCUGUACAGUGUGUAA